UUUUUUUUCACCUUACAACCAAUUGAGUUCUUACUUCUCAUUCAAUCUUUCCUACAUUACCAAGCAAAAUGCAAUGCCAUAAGUAGCCAAAUCCACAUCUCAAUCAACUCUGAUACACCACCUUAAUAUCUUUCUAAAGAUUAGAUAUCCCCUCACAAAAUACAACUAUACCUUAUUUUUUAUAACUAAAUCUUUGUACCAACCUAGCAUCUAUAAAAAGCACCAUGCUCCAUUACACCUUCCACACAUCAAACACUCUUAUUAUUACUAACAACUAGUGGUGCUUUUUAAUUGAAGCAUUCAAUUACCAUAGGAAAAAAAAUGAAUCAAAUUUUCUUGUUCUCACUCCUACUACUUGCCUCCAUCUUCUCAAGCACCACUUUAGCUCAAUCACCGGCUGCAGCACCAAAAGCACCAGAAAAACCAGCACCUACAAAACCAGCCCCUGCAAAACCAACCCCUUCAACACCUGCUCCAGCACCAGCAAAACCAUUAGUCCCAGCAUUACCACAAUCACCUACAACAAAUCCUGAUGCAUCAGGAAACCAAGACAUAAUCAAGAUUCUAAGAAAAGCCAAAUCAUUCAACACACUAAUCCGUUUGCUCAAAACAACUCAAAUCAUCAACCAAGUCAAUGCACAGCUUGUAACUACAAAAAAUGGAGGCUUGACAAUUCUUGCACCAGAUGAUGGUGCCUUUUCAGAACUCAAAGCAGGUUACUUCAAUUCCUUGGGAGAAAGACAACAAAAAGAAUUGAUUCAGUAUCAUGUUCUUCCUGAAUAUGUAUCAAGUUCUAAUUUUGAUUCACUCAGCAACCCUGUGUUGACAUUAGCAAGUGAUAGCCCACAAGGAUUUCAGAUUAAUGUGACGGCAUAUGGAAACAGUGUGAAUAUUUCAACCGGGGUUGUUGAUACAACCAUCACAGGAAUUGUUUAUGCAGAUAAGACACUUGCUAUAUAUCAUGUGAAUAAGGUUCUUAUUCCUUUGGAUUUUAUUAAGCCUAAAGCUAAAGCUCCAGCACCAGCUAUUGCUAAGGCACCUAAAGCUGAGAAAGAGAAUUCAUCAGCAGAUGAUGAUGAUCAGACUCAGGCACACAAGGAUAGUUCUGAUGCCAUUAGCUUGAAUAACAUGCAUGGAAUAUCAGUGUUGGUUUCCAUCGGAGUUUCUCUGCUUGCAGCUGGAGUAACAACUAUGUUGUGAUGUUGAAUAACAUUCAUUUGCAAGUUCUUUUCUAUAUUUCCAGAACAAGAAUGAUGCUGUUGCUUUGGACUUCUGCUUAUCUUGCUUUCUUCUUGGCUUGUUUAUUGUGUAGGAAUUAAGAAAAGUGUUGUUUGUGAACUAUGUUAACCGUUCUGUUCUGUCCUUGUUUUGUCAUUGAAAAUGCUUAUACAAUUGUUUUAUUGUCCAAGAUAACAAAGAAUAUUUAAUUCCUGAGCUAAA